GGGAUUCUCCCAAGAGAAAAUGUCUCCACAUGGCAUUGUGGUAUCGUAGCUAUGACGUUGCAUAUCUGCGGGACCCGGACGACAACCGACCAAAUUGUGACCCCAGAGGAGGUAGGAGCUUGUUUUGCUUGAACAGAUAUAAAAGCGCUCUGCUUGUCUCGACCUAGAACCUGUUCAUCCAUUUUACUCUCUCAUUCUCAAUUCCUACCCCACAACCCCCUUUCACCCCCUAUCACCUCUCCAAUCUCACCUUUCACACGGUUCAUCACCAGUCAUCACAAUGUCCAUCCCCAAGACCCAGAAGCAGUGGCUCAUCACCGGAGCCGACAAGGGCCUCGACGGCCUCGUCUACCAAGACGCUCCCGUCCCCACCCCCGGCGACCACGAGGUCCUCGUCCACCUUCGUGGCGCCUCACUCAACUACCGCGAUCUCAUCAUCCCCAGGGGAAUGUAUCCCUUCCCGCUCAACCUCCCAGUAGUAGCCUGCUCCGACGGCGCCGGCGAGGUUAUCGCUGUUGGGUCCAAGGUCACAAAGUGGAAGAAGGGCGACAAGGUCCUCACCCUCUUUAACCAGGGCCAUCAGAGAGGUGAUAUGGACAUUGCGGCCAGUAAGACCGGUCUUGGCGGCUGCUUCGACGGCACCUUGAGGCAGUAUGGUACUUUUGCCGAGACUGGUGUCGCCAAGAUGCCCAGCAACUUGAACUACGUCGAGUCUGCUUCGCUUGUCUGUGCUGGUCUUACGAGCUGGAACGCUCUUUAUGGUCUGAAGCCGUUGAAGAAGGGCCAGUGGAUUGUCACCCAGGGUACUGGUGGUGUUAGUUUGUUUGCUCUGCAGUUUGCCAAGGCUGCUGGCGCGCAUGUCAUCGCAACGACAUCUACCGCCGAGAAGGUCGAGAUGCUUAAGAAGUUGGGCGCCGACCACGUUAUUAACUACAGGGAAGACGUCAACUGGGGUGAGACUGCCCGUAAGUUGACCCCAGGUGGUGAGGGUGUUGAGCAUGUUAUUGAGGUUGGCGGUGCCGACACUUUCACCCAGAGCUUGAGCGCUGUGAAGAUGGAGGGUGUCAUCUCCGUCAUUGGAUUCCUCGGCGGUGCGGCUCCCAAGGACAACAUUCUCGAGACCCUUUCUCGUGUCUGCACUGUCCGUGGUGUAUACGUCGGCUCUCGCGAGCAGCUUGAGGCCAUGUGUGCCGAGAUUGAGAAGCACGACAUCCACCCUGUCAUGGACAAGACAGUCUUUACUCUUGAAAAGGCGAAGGAGGCUUAUGAGUACAUGUGGGCCAAGAAGCACACUGGCAAGAUUCCCAUCACGAUUGAGUAACGGCAACAUUGUAUAUAAGAACCUAAUGAUGAGAUCUGCUUAACGAUGAGAACUG